AUGCCCUCUGUUCCUGGCCCACACACCGGUAUCCUUCGCGAAGAGAACCUCGCUCUCCGCUACAUCCUGGGAUACCUGCUCGAAACGCUCCGACAAACCACCUACGAGAUUCCCACCAUGGCACCAUACCUUCAGGGCACGCGUAUGCUCGACAUCAUGCUGGUGUCAGUUGAUGUUGACACCGGAGGCGGCUAUGAAACCAUAUCCCCUGGACAGAGUUUCCACAUUGGUAUAUCCGUCCUCGACACGCGUACUCUCGCUGACGCACAGAUGGACCCUCGAAGCGCCAUCGACUCCUACCAAUUCAUAAAUAAGUGGUCCAAGCCAUGUAAAUCGGCAUCCAGGUCCUUCUUCUUUGGAGAAACUGAGCUCAUCGACCUGGAGGCUCUGCCGGGAUGGCUCUUCAGACUCACACAGGGCAGGGCAUACGUCCUGGUAGGCCACGGCAUGGGCGAAGACAUCAAGUUCCUGAACAACCUUGACCCAGAGAUGAUAAGGCGAGCGGCAUACGUCCUGGACACGGUCAAGGCGGCACAGCACCCCCUGGGAUUAUACUACCGGUACAGCGUGGAGAAACUGCUUGAUGAGUUUGGCAUCGGUUACGCGAAGCUUCAUGUGGCGGGGAAUGAUGCCCAUUUCACGCUGAGGAUCUUGUUGAUGAUUGCGGUUCGGGAUGGACGUAUCGGAGGUGCGUCGACGGCGGAGGGGGAGCUGUUUUGCAAGUUGGAGGGUAUUGCGCGUGCGGAGUUUGUGUUUCCGGUCUUGGUUGAGAAGCCUGUUCCGCAGAUGCGUGAGAUUAAGGUGGGUGUGAAGGCGGAGGGGAUGCGCAGGGCGAGGGAGGUUAGGGAGAUGGGGAGGGAGUUGCCGUUUGCUGCUUGCGAUGAUGAGGAUGAGGGAUAUGCCUCGGAUGCUACUACUUUGACAAGUGUGACAAGUGUAGGUUGA